CCCGAAAGUGACUGAAAUAUCUUUUCAAUCAACUUUAUUUGACUUUGCAAUUGAACAAUUUGUAUAAUCAUUGAGCUUUUUCAUAUGGGUUUGGAAGAAAUCGAAAUGGGUUAGUUGACUUUUUUCCGUUUCGAUUGUAUUUGAUGACCAUCCAUUGCAGUUCUUGAAGUUUUUAACAUGUUAAUCAAAUUGAUUCCACUCGAACAAAUCGACAUGGGUCGGUUUGUUUUUAGUAUAUUCUAAAAGUUCCCAUUGAUGAUUAUUGUUUGAUUGCGUGGUGUAAAAGUUAAGGGUCUUUUUUCAUUAAGUUCAUUGAAUAAUCAUUUAGACUUUUUUGGUUUUAUUCCUCAUUAAACACUGAUUAUUGCUUAAUUAAAUCUAUUUGUUGUUUUGCCUUAUUGUUUCAAAUGUACGAGCUUCAGCUAAUUCAUGUGAUUCAAUCAGAUUUAACAAGUUUAAAAUCUGGAUUAUGGCUGGAUUCUCUUGUAGAGCUGCCCACAUCUAGAACGGAUGUUUGCCCGUUGACCAAUUUUUGGUCAAGAUGAAGUUGAUCUUUCGUGUGUAAUUGUCUUGGGUUUGCGUCAUGAGUCAAAAUGUGAUGAAUCAGUAUAUAGAAUUGAAGGGAAAUGGUCUUUUGGGGGAAAUUCUUAGAGUUGACUUUGAUCUCUGAUUUGAACCCAAUUAAAACCCUACAAAAAAUAUGCAUCUUUGUCUUUCUGAUCUGGUGAAUAUUUCAAUCAAAAACAAGUUCUUGACAUUGACUUGUUCAAAUUUCUUGAUUGAUAGGUUGGGGAUCUUGAUUGUUUUACUAUUUCUCGAAAAAGUCAACUAAACAAAUCGGUUCAUGCAAAUUGAGGAUCUAGUUUCCGGAGGUGUUCAAGGAGGAGGGUUUUAGGAUCAUGUUCUCCGUUCGAAAAUUGAAUUGCUCGUGGUCACUGGUGACAGCCGUUGCUUCAAUCAUAGCAUUGGUUUCAGUACUUCAUUUGUCCUUAUUUCCUGCUGUGCCUUCUUUUGAUUACUUUAGAUAUAGGCAAGUCAAAGAUUCUUGUUUCCCAAUUAAUCGAACAAUUGAUGGGAAAAAGAACAACUUGUUGCAAGAUCAGCAGCUGCCUUUAAAUGCUCGGUUUCCUGCCGACGGGCAUAAGGCAGUUGUUUAUCGUGGUGCACCAUGGAAAGCUGAGAUUGGUCAAUGGUUAUCUGGUUGUAGUUCAGUUGCUGCUCCAAUAAAAGUUCUUGAGGAAAUCAGUGGGAAGAAAUGUAAAGACAGUUGUAGCGGUCAAGGAAUUUGUAAUCAUGAAUUCGGUCAAUGCCGAUGCUUUCAUGGAUUUAGUGGAGAUGGAUGCUCUGAAAAACUUGAACUAAGUUGCAAUUAUCCCGCAACAGAGGAGCUACCAUAUGGUCGAUGGGUUGUCUCAAUCUGCUCUGCACAUUGUGACACAACACGAGCAAUGUGCUUCUGUGGUGAAGGAACAAAAUACCCAAAUCGCCCUGUUGCCGAGACUUGUGGGUUUCAGAUAAUAUUUCCUUCUGAACCCGGUGCUCCAAAAGAUGUUGAUUGGUCAAAAGCUGAUCAUGAUAAUAUUUUCACAACAAAUGGUAGUAUGCCCGGAUGGUGUAAUGUGGAUCCUGUUGACGCUUAUGCUUCGAAGGUGAAAUUUAAAGAGGAUUGUGAUUGCAAGUAUGAUGGUCUUCUUGGACGGUUUUGUGAGAUACCCGUGUCAUCUACUUGUAUUAACCAAUGCUCUGGUCAAGGGCACUGUCGUGGUGGGUUCUGCCAGUGUUAUGAUGGCUGGUAUGGAGUAGACUGUAGCAUUCCAUCUGUUCAUUCUUCCAUUAGAGAUUGGCCGCAGUGGCUUCGUCCGGCUCAGGUUAGUGUUCCCGACAAUGGACCAAUCACAGGGAAUAUUAUCGAUUUAAAAGCAGUGGUGGAGAAGAAAAGGCCCCUUAUAUAUGUCUAUGAUUUGCCCCCAGACUUUAACAGUCUGCUACUUGAGGGUCGUCAUUUUAAGCUCGAGUGUGUGAAUAGGAUCUAUGACCAGGAUAAUGCUACUGUGUGGACGGAGCAGCUUUAUGGUUCUCAGAUAGCAAUGUACGAAAGCAUGUUAGCCAGCCCGCAUCGGACAUUAAAUGGUGAAGAAGCAGAUUUCUUUUUUGUGCCGGUUCUUGAUUCGUGCAUCAUAACUCGUGCUGAUGAUGCACCCCACCUCAGCAUGGAGAAACAUAGGGGUUUGAGAAGCUCUUUCACGCUUGAAUUGUACAAGAAAGCACAUGAUCAUAUCGCUCAACAAUACCCCUACUGGAACCGCUCAUCUGGAAAAGAUCACAUUUGGUCCUUUUCAUGGGAUGAAGGCGCUUGUUAUGCCCCAAAGGAGAUAUGGAACAGCAUGAUGUUGGUCCAUUGGGGUAAUACAAAUUCAAAGCACAACCAUUCGACCACCGCUUAUUGGGCGGAUAACUGGGAUAAAAUCUCAUCGGAUGCAAGGGGAAAUCACUCUUGUUUUGACCCACAAAAAGAUCUCGUCAUUCCUGCAUGGAAGCGGCCCGAUGUGAUCUCCUUGAGCUUAAAGCUUUGGGCUAGGCCUCGUGAGAAGCGGAAAACAUUGUUUUACUUCAACGGAAACUUGGGGCCUGCAUAUGAACAUGGACGCCCUGAAGCUACUAUGGGAAUACGGCAAAAAGUAGCAGAAGAAUUUGGAUCUACCCCAAACAAAGACGGGAAGCUCGGGAAACAACAUGUGGAAGAUGUGAUCGUGAUCUCACAUCCUUCAGAAAGUUAUCACGAGGACUUGGCGAGUUCCAUCUUUUGUGGAGUUAUGCCUGGCGAUGGAUGGAGUGGUCGAAUGGAAGAUAGUAUUUUGCAAGGUUGCAUUCCCGUAGUUAUCCAGGAUGGGAUCUUUUUGCCGUGGGAGAACGUGCUGAACUACGAGAGUUUUGCUGUUCGAUUAAGUGAAGACGAGAUACCAAACCUCGUAAAUAUCCUCCGGGCGUUCAACGAAACAGAAGUAGAAUUCAGGUUGGCGAACAUAAAGAAGAUUUGGCAAAGAUACUUGUAUCAUGAUUCAAUCUUGCUCGAGGCCGAAAGACAGAAAUCUGCAUAUGGGUACAUCAAAGAUUGGGCCCAACAGUUGUCCGAGCUAAGCGACGAUGAUGUGUUUACGACGUUCAUACAGAUACUGCAUUACAAAUUGUACAACGACCCUUGGAGAAGAAAAGACACAAAUCCGAAGGAGACCGGCAUACCUCAAGAAUGCUUACACAAAGUAUAGUUAAGAACAUCCAUUUUAUAGCGAACACGAAGAGACUGUAAAAAGUGGCGUCAGGAACGUUGAGUGGUUACAUAUUCAUGGAACCCGAGCUGCAAUACGGAGCGUUGUGGGGAUCACGAAAACACCACGUUGUAAUAUUGUUUUUUCGUUAUCGGGUUCUUUUUGUUUUUGUUUCUGUUUCUUGUUACCAUACUUUCAGUUUUGUGUAGAAGCAAAGGGCAAUUUCCUUUGUUUUGGUAGGAACCGUUUCAGGAACACUUGAUGUGCCCAUUUUUGCUCAUCUUUAUGGUUACUUUGUGUUGAUAAAUGAUAAUAUCUGGUGUUUUUGAAUCAA